AUGAAGACUGUGUCAGGAAGUAUCGCCGUCCUCGGCAUGGCAAUGUCAGUCAUGGCACAGAACAUGUCCUACGGAGCCGAUAAUUUCUACCGCAGCAGCAAUGUGUUUAUCCAGCCAAUCACCUUCCCAACCCACUACGAGACAACUGUCGCGGGGAAUCUCUUCUACCCCAAAAACCAGAACCAAAGCAGUGGUUGGCCAGCUGUUGUCGUCGGUCACCCCAUGGGCGCUGUGAAAGAGCAAAGUGCCAACCUCUACGCCACCAAGCUGGCCGAGCAGGGAUUUGUCACGAUCACUUUUGAUCUCCCCUACUGGGGCGGCUCCAACGAGGGUGAGCCGCGCAACUCAGUCUUGCCGGAUCUCUACGCAGAGGCAUUUAGCGCGGCAGUCGACUACCUUGGCACCCAGGACAUCCUAUCUGUUGAUCGCGAGCGCAUCGGAGGCCUCGGUAUCUGUGGCAGUGGUUCCUUUGUGAUCAGCGCUGCGAAGCUAGACCCGCGCCUCAGAGCCAUCGCCACGUCCAGUAUGUACAACAUGGGCGCGCUGUCCCGUCAUGGAUUGGGACACUCUCAAAGCGUCAAUGAGCUCAAGCAAACCAUCUCCGAGGCAGCCGAGCAGCGCUGGACCGGACUCGAUGGCGGCGAAGUGCAGCAUACCAGCGGCACUCCGAAUCGCCUCACGCGCAAUUCCACCGCUAUCGACCGUGAAUUCUAUGAUUACUACCGCACUCGACGUGGCGAAGUCACUCCCGUUGACUCUACCCCUGAGCUCAGCACCCACCCUACACUCGCCACGUUCACCAAGUUCGUCAACUUUUACCCAUUCAACGGAAUUGAUACUAUCUCACCCCGCCCGAUGCUAUUCAUUGCGGGCACCCAAGCGCACUCUCGCGAGUUCAGUGAAGACGCCUAUUCGCGCGCCAACGAGCCGAAAGAACUUUACUGGGUGCCUGGUGCUGGUCAUGUCGACCUGUACGAUCGCACCGAGCUUAUCCCGUUCCAGAAGCUCACCGAGUUCUAUCAGAGAAAUCUUGCUUAA